AUGUCUUUUCCAACUGGCACAGCAGAGGCAACAUGCCCAAGAGAAACACAAGAGGAAAGAAGAGCUCGAAUUCGCAUGGAGAAAAGGAGAAAUCCAAUCCUACUUUCCCCGGCAUGUGGCGGUGUUCACUGGAACGAGCCUAUUGAGAGACACAGUAUCGCGGAAGAAAUUCUUAUUAUUGUUCAGUUUCAGCUUCUUCAAGGCCUGUCUGUGCUCGACAUAUCCUCACGGACUGGGAAAGUAUGGCUCGCUACACUUGAAUACAUUUCGACUAUCCAAGGCUGCUCUGUAAAAUACUGGGGAACAGAGACAGCUCAAGGUCAAGAAUCAAUCUGUUUACUCGUUGAAUCAAAGAAUGCGAGGCAAUGGAGUAUAUUUCAGCAGAGUCUUGGGGUAACUUUGAUGCGGUCAGAAAUGUCCAGCCAACUCCAUCCAACCAAUAGGUGCUCACGCAUUAGUCUACCCAAUCAUGUAGAGCAAGUGAACAAACUAGAGGUCCUUAUGUUCAAGUUCGAUAGUGAGGUCUUCAAACGAGCUGUGGACAAAGUGCGCGAGAUUUUGAAAAUUUGGAAAGAAAGAUGGAGACAAGGAGGAAUAGAAGCAUCAGGUAACUGGCUGGAGGAUGAUGGCCAUCCAUACGUGGCAGAGUGGGCAGAUCUAAUACCUGUAGCUAUGGACAGCCAAGAUAAGAUUCUUAUGAUACUAGCCUGGAAUUGGGACGAAAAAUCAGUGAAUAUUACGGAGGACGACACGAGAAAUUCGAAGGCGGAAUUCAAUGCAGAACUAGCAACUAUAGGCGCAAAAGAGGUUGCAAUAAAUGAGUUCUUGCUUUCCGAGUCGGCCCAAAACAAAUUCAGAAUAAAAAAGAACAAGCAAUACGUCAAUACCAAGCCUCAAUUCAAUGUUGACUGCCUGGCUUCAUUGCUGCGGGUUUCCCCUUUGCGAAUUCAUAGCGAGACAUCUUCUGGGACGAGCUACAAAAACAAGCACACCGAAUCAAUUUACGAUGCAGCAGUGGGUAGACGUCAAUUUCCUGGGCCGAGCGGAGGCUAUUUGAAGAUGGGAGAUUUUUAUACAAAUAUGCGUUCCAGUCCAGGAAAUGGUUUGCCAAACAAACUAGAUCAUUGCCCAGAUACAGAACUUCUAUGGCUGAGAUUUGAACCCGGAGUAAAUCAUGCUAAAAAGACUAUUUUAGAGAGACUCUUACAACUCAGAAAAGAGAUCGAUAUUUAUGUUGGAUACCGUGCUCCUCUCUAUUGGGGCCGAUCUGUGCAUGAUCCGGAUGAGUGGAUUUUGAUGAUAGAUUGGAAUAAAAGCAAAGAUCCUUACAAAGAAGGUCCUGACCCCGUCGACAUCACUUCGGAGACGAAGAUUGUUCAAGAUCUUGUAAAAGAUUUUGUCUUUCUAACCGCCGCUGUUACAAAGGAGUCCAAAACUUUCAAAGUCGGGUUUCCUUAUCUCUCAAACCCCCGCAGAAAAGGGUUUCCCAUAAUGGAAGUCACGAGGUUUGAAGUAUCGAACGAUCCACGAACGCAGGCCUUCUUUCAAAGAUCUUAUGAGUUAUUCACAACAGGUAACAUGGGCCAGGAACAAACGUGGGUGAGGUUGCUUCGCGAAAACUCACCAGAUGCUGCUUCUCUUCCAGCUAAUGGUUCUCUUCCAAUCAAUUCAGCCGGUCGACAUGUAAAUCAUUUUUUUCACGAGUACCCACCAUCAACUCCCUCUUCGAGUGCUGAGGCCGAGGAAACCCAUAUUCCAAAGAAGUCGUCCCUAGAGGCAAUGAAGGAAUGGUAUACGGACUAUGCUAGUCAAUGUGGAAAUUACGAAGAACUGGGUCAUAAAGUUGACAAAUUGCGAAUGCUUUGCGAUGACAUUGAGCUAGUCGAUUCAAAAGUUUUCGACAUGAUCGGGGAUUGUUAUGAAGCUUCAAAGGCACCGAUGCCAACUUCGUGGUCAACAACUGGCAUUCGGUGA